AUGGCCGCUUGGUUUGGUGACUUUUCAGCUGCUGGCUCCUUCUUUCCAUCAUCAUUGUCAAUGGAAGAUUACAUACCUAUGGACUUUCUGUCCUCUGGAACAGGGCCUACGAAACUCUCAAAGCAAUUAAACGAGCUCCUGAUGGAGCUGGUCGAAACCUCCAAGUCUAUGGGACUGGAGGACUCUGAGACCACGCUGCUGCCUCUUGAUGCUACCCAGCUCGCUCCACUCUUCACCGUCUCUAAUGUUGGCAUUUUUGUUUCAGUCUUCUUUCACUCACUCCACUGGCAUCUCCCGGUUGUGCACUUUCCUACAUUCGAUCCUGGCAAUGUUUCCAACCCACUCCUACUCUCCACAUUCUUGACAGGUGCAACGUACAGCAAUUCUCUCGACGAAGCAGUCCUGUUACUGAGACUUCUUGAUGUUGCCGAGGAGUAUAUCUUUCGAAGAGUUACUGCUCUUUCAACCCAAUCUGCUCAGUCAACCCAAGAUCCUACGAGCCAAUUGAAUACGAUUCAGCUCAUUCAAGCUGCCCUUAUUAUUGAGAUGCUUCAAUUCGGUCAAGAGAGAGUGGAAACUAGGCGUCGCAUUCGAAUUAUCCGCCAUCCAAGCUUAGUAUCUCUGAUGCGUUGCUUGGGAAUCUUCAACUUGAAGCGGUCAAAGGCCCCCACAGCCAGUGAGGGCGAUGAUUCUUUGUGGAGGUCAUUACUUGCAGAGGAAGUCUGUAUACGGCUUGCUUCAUGGGUCUUUCUUGCAGAUGGCUUUCUCACGCUGUGUUUCAAGAAUCGCCCAACGAUAUCGAUCUUCGAGCUCGACUGUUCGUUUCCUUGGAAGACAGAGCUAUGGGAGGCGGAGAAUGCGUCCACGUUUAGCCGCAUGGCUAAGGGCUAUGAAACAGAGCUACCUCUACCCUCCGUCAGGGAAGCGGUCCGGUUACUACUAGAAAGCCCGGACUCGGGACCGGUACCAUCCAGAAUAUCACUGUCAGCGGAGCAUUUACUUAUCAUGAUCUACGCGCUGAAUUCCCUCGCUUUCAUGGCCAGAGUUGAUUUCUUCGGGUCCGUACCGUUGGAGAAGAUAAGUCAUGCUGCCAAGAAUUGGAAACAGAUAUGGGAUUGGACAUCCUCAAACAACAAGCAAAAGCUCCUUUUGGGCUACCCGAAGCACGCAGAAGAACUAUGGUUAUUGCUGACUGCGACCCUUGACAUUGUCAGCCAGCGCAAGAGCCUUCCGUACCUGGACACCAACAGCGCUGCAACGGAUGAUCUGGGGAAGUUGAAAGAGUUCAUCGAAUGGUGCACUCUGUAUAUGAAGACACCAAAAGCUUCAGGCAAGGGAUGA